AUGGCGGACGGGCCAGCUUCCAAUAUCCUGGAUAUUGGCGACGUGAUUCUGACUGUGAAUGGGGUGAUCGUCUACAUGGUCAGUCACGAGGACGCCGUCAGUGUGCUGAAGCAGGCUGGUAAUAGCCUGACGCUGGAGGUUGUGCGUGAUCCUGCACUGCGCGACCUAAUCAAAGGGAGUGUCAAGCCGCAACCAGAAAAGAUCAAGAACGAUUUUGUACCCACCGUCACCGAGUAUCCCUGGUCUAAUGAUGAAAUGCCGGAAGGAUGGUACAAGGGCGUCUGCCCCAAUACGGACAGAAACUAUUUCAUCAACCCGCACACGAAGACGACGACCUGGCUGGAUCCAAGGGAAGAAAUAUAUUUGAAACGUCAUCAGACUUUGAAGAAGCAGGCGAAAGGAGUGUUGCCGUUCGGGUGGGAGGAAGUGCGGACUGACGAAGGCGAAGUGUAUUACGCCAACCACAUCAAGAAAGUCACACAGUGGGACCACCCCAAUCCGAAAAAAGAACCCUCUAGAAAAAAUAGCUGGGCUAUGCUGUGGUCUCCAAGGAGCAGCAAAACAAGCACUGAUGAGACUUCGGUGAAGUCUAAAUCUAGAGGCAGCCUACUCAGCAACGCACGAGGCAGCAUACUCAGCAACGCACGAGGCAGUAUAUUCAGUAAUGCACGAGGCAGUGUCCCCAGCAAUACAAGCUUGCCAUCGAGGACAAACAGCGUGGCGGUGUAACACUCCCCAUGUGCAGUGGGCGCAACGCAACGGCUAGUCCCUAUCUUUUGUAAAGCGAGACAUACCACUGAAAUAAACCACCCUUAAGGUCG